GUGACAACAGUGCCCUUUGUAGCGGACUGGCAAAAGGAAUAUGGAAAUGUCUAUGGAGUCUACAGACCCAACCCUUUCUUGGUGGUUACCGACGUGGAGCUUUUGCGUGAGAUUAUGGUGAAGAAGUUCAACGCUUUUCCUAACCGCCAGUACACAGCGCUGUCAGACUACAAACCUUGGAAUGAAAUGCUGACGAUGCUGCAGGAUGAUCACUGGAAGCACGUGCGUAGUUUGCUCAGCCCUUGUUUCAGCACGAGCAAACUGAAAAAAAUGAUGCCAGUCAUGAAACGUUGCUGUAACAACUUCGUGGAGAACGCCGGAAGGAAAGCGGUUACGGGUGAAGAGUGGAUGCCUUGCAAUUGUGCAACUCAUUCAGCAUGGACGUUAUAGCGGGUAGGGCGUUCGGCAUCGAGGUGAAUUCUCUCAAGACGCCGGGAGACCCGUUCUUGGCGCUCAUACAGAGGAUCAGAAACGUUCCUACGUGGAUGUUCACCGUGCUUACCUUUUUUCCGAAGCUCACCCCGUUGUGGCGACGUGUAGGUAUCGCCAUCGCGCCUGAGAAAGAUGUGUCGACUCUGAUGAACCUCAUCCGAAGAGCGAUCAAGGAGCGACGGCAAGGGACAGAGACGUACCCGGACAUGCUGCAACUGAUGCUGGAGGCGGAGAACGAAGGUGACAAGGAGACGGAGGUGGACCCGGAGAUUGACCACAGGAAGCAACUGAGAACUUCUGCAGGGUGGACACGGAAAGGUCUGACGGAAAGUGAGAUCGAGGCCAAUAGUUUCAUCUUUCUCAUCGCCGGUUACGAAAACACGGCAUUGAUGAUGGCAUUCCUGCUGUUUGAGCUGGCUGAACACCCCGAGUGUCUGCAGAAGGUUCAGGAGGAGCUGGACGAAAAGCUGGGCAAGAAGGAAGUGGACUAUGAGACUGUCCAAGAGCUGACGUACCUGGAGAUGUGUUUAAACGAGACCAUGCGCUUGUACCCUCCUGGUGUCGCGCUCCAGAGAGAGUGCGUUGAGGAUACAUACCUUGGCAACAUCCGUGUCCCAAAGGGAAUGCACAUUCUCUUCCCGACCUUAACCAUUCACACCGACCCACAGCACUGGCUCCGAUCCAAUGACAUUCAACCCUGAAAGGCAUACACCGGAAGGCAGAGCUUCUCGCCAUCCGUUCAGCUUCCUGCCGUUCGGCUACGGCCCCAGAAACUGUAUUGGGAUGAGGCUAGUGUUAGUCGAGAUGAAGAUGGCCAUCGCUGCCUUGCUGCGACAGUUCUCUCCCGUUCGUUCCCCUAAGGCGUCGUAUCCACCUAAGAUAUCGAAAAGCCCGAUUCUGAAGCCCGAGGAUACGCUGUGGAUACGAUUGAAAGCCAGGAAGUAGAUCGUCACCUCUGUUUGAACAAACAGUACUUCACCAGUCUACAUUGUGAUCUUCUAGUGACAAUCGCCACAUACAGUUCAUUCUAUUCAAUUUUUUUUUGUAAUAAAAAUUUACUUCUAAA